AUGAGCGAUCUGCAAUAUAAACUCGACGCCGUCGAUCCAAGUAGAUUGGAUCAGCAGCAAAAAGCCCAGUUGUUGCAAGCAUGUGACAGACUACGGACUCGGCUGGACAGUCCUUUGGCAACUGCUUCACGUCUGCUAUUUUCGGGCCACCAAGGAAUGGCCAUUCGUUUGGCGGUCGAUUUGAGGUUAUUCGAUGCUAUAUCCGAGCAGGAUGGGGCGUUCAAUGCUGAAAGUCUGGAGUUGGAGGCAGAUCUCCUGCUUGUCAAGAGGAUUCUGCGAUUCCUGGCUGCCAUGUCUGUGAUUCACGAGGUAGAUGUAGACAAAUAUUCCACGACGCCCAUGGCAGCUGCUCUAAUGUCGAGUUCACCCCUUUCUGCUGCCAUCAUCCACGGAACUCACUUCUGGACGGUCCUCUCCAAACUUCCAGAAUAUUUCCACUCCAACGGCUGGCAGAGUCCUAAAAAUGGCCUUGAUGGGCCAUUCCAAUUCGCACACAGCACAUCAGCCCACUACUUCGACUUCCUCAACUCGAACCCUUACUACGGCCAAGCCUUCAACACCGUAAUGAGUAUGUCCUUCCGACGAACCGGCAAAGACUGGUUCGAAUUCUUCCCGGUCGCAAAUUUGCGCGCCGAAAAGGCGUCCGACCCAUUCAUAGUUGACAUAGGCGGAGGUCAAGGAGAGGAUUUGAAGAAAUUCCAAGCUCAUUUUCGAGACUUACCAGGCCGCCUGAUUUUGCAGGAUCUGCCCGAUGUGGUCGCUGGCGUUGAUCUCCCGGGGGUCGAAGUCAUGGCUCAUGAUUUCUUCAAGGAACAGCCCGUCCGCAAUGCAAAGGCUUAUUUCUUGCGCACUGUUUUGCAUGAUUGGCCUGAUAUGCAGGCUGUGCAGAUCCUGCGGCGGCUGCGUGCCGCUAUGGGCGCUGAUUCGUUGCUGUUGAUUAAUGAGAGUGUCUUGCCUCAAUCUGGGGUCGGGCUGUCUGCUGUUUUGUCUGACUUGCAUAUGAUGGCUUCUUACGCGUCGCUCGAGCGGACGGAGAGGCAGUGGAGGGAUUUGCUGGAGAUGGCAGGGUUUCAAUUAGUGAAGGUGUGGUUACCGGAGGGUUGUGCGAGCGAUUUGGCGGAUCAGUCUGCUUUAUUCGAGGCGAGACUUAAAUAG